AUGCAGCAUGACGAAGAAUUGAAAAAAUGUUAUACAAAUGAUCUAGAGAAGUCUCAAAAACUAUAACUUCUUCAUCAUAUUAAGGUCGAAGAUCAGCAAACAACCAAAGAUGAUUCUUAUUAAGACUACAAUCUUGAUAAAAUCGGCAUUACUACAUCAUAGCAAAAGGCGAAUCUCUAAAAGAUUAUUCAAGCCAUAUCUUAUUUUGAAAACUACUCUGAAGAAACAAAGCAGGCUCUUGAAUCAAUAUUUAACAGGAUGGGCAUGAGCCAAAGAGGUUUAAAUGCAAAUGAAAUCGAAUAAAAUGUUUAGAAGUAAUUGCAGACAUAUUUGCCUUACUAUGCUGGUAUGCCCCUUAGAACUUUAUUUGGAACAGCUAUGGGAUAUUGCAUGGGAUUAUAUAUAAAACAAGUAUCGCAAAAGAUUGCAAUAUAUUCAGGCCUUUGUAUUCUUGGAUUAAGUAUCUUGUCAAAGCUACGAUACAUUUCAAUCAAUUGGGGCAAGAUUGAUUCGGAUGUUCACUAUCUUGUAUUCUAAACAGCUGAGUAACAAAAGAGUAUUAUAAACUAUAUAAAGAGAUUACUUACUCAUGUGCUUCCACUUUGCAGUGGACUCGGAGCAGGAUUUUACUAUGCCUUUAAGAAAAGCUGA